AUCACAACUAUUCGCGUCCCCUUCCGACAUCCAAAGUUCAGAACCCAAUUCCCCAUUUAAUCCCCAAAUUUCCCAAUCAACAGAAACACAAUUUCCCCUUGUUCUACCCAAAUUCACGGUUGCGCCGCCGUCAUUCUCCAUUGUCGUCGUUCCUCCGUCACGGUUACCCCCUUCUUCUUCUUCUUCCGUGAACCUCCUUCUCUUCUCUCCUUCACUCACUCCUUCUGUUCACCCACUCUCCACCACCUUCCUCCUCCGGCGACGCCGUUUCAGCUGCCGCGCCGCUUCCCCCGGCCCACCUCCAGCUCCCCGGACUGAUCCUCCUCCCGGAAACGAUUUCGGCAUGCUUCGAGAGAAUAUACUAAUGAAACAGAAGUUCAGGCCCUCCAAGUGCAGAAGAAGUUGGGAUAUAGUCACAAAAUGUGGUCCUCUCUUGGCAUCCUAUCCCUUUAUUUAAGAGAUUAUGUGAUAUCUGCAACAUAAGAAGUAAUCCAUUAAAUCAGCUUUGUAUUCAUUAAUCAAUAAGAAGUUCUUAAAUAAAACUUCAAACCAUAAGAUAUUAGUCUUUAACCUAUUAAAUUGGGAAUACCGGAAAAAGGGGGCAGAGACUUCUAUUUAAUUGUUAACUGUGCAGCAAAUGAAUGAAAGGGAUGAACAGUUGAAUCUCUUGUUUGAAUUAGGCAACAGGACAACUUCUACUUUUUUAUCCCCCUAUGUGUACUAUCUUGUUUUGUCUUAUUUUGGCUUCUGCAGAUGUAUAGUACUGUUAAGAAUACUGACAAGCCAGCAGCUUCUUCAGGGUUGACAUAGUCACAAGUAUUAUCAAAGUUGCAGUGGUAUCCAUUUACACUAUUCCAUUAUGCUGUCUGUUUCAAUUUGAUGAAGGUAAAACAUUGGAUUCAGCAGGGACUUCAUCUGCCCAGGCUGCCGGCAAUCCAUGUUAUGUCAGAAGAAUAAAAAAAUACAAGGAUAUGGUUGGUAGAGACAGAGAUUGCGGUCGUGGUCGUGGUCGUGGUCGUGGCCGUGGCCGAGGCCGAAAGGGAGGCCUAGGCUUUCUACCGGUCGCCCGCUUGACUUACAUGCAGAUCCAUACACUCUCGUUGGGUCAUCAUCAGGCACGACUGUUCCGACUAGUGGGAGACCGCCACCUAUUGCUACUACUAUCCCCCCUCGUCAGGAGCCUCAGAUACACAUGAUGCCUACUCCGGGUGCACCAAGAUCAUGCGCUCAACAAGCCAAUGAGCAUCCCAACACUGCCUCACAUAGUGUGCAGAGUGAUCUAGCUAUCGUAGCUCCCAGUCGAGCAGGAUCUUGUGGGGAAAAACAAACCACAUCUACUGGUACCCAAGAUACUCAGGGUCCAGGAACAUCCACUGCCACUGGUCACUCCGCCACAAGUGCUCCUAAGCUUAGAUAUGAUGGUGUCAAAUGUUGGCACCCACCUAAGCCUGGCUUGAAGUGCAUUUCUCAGGUUUUUAAGGAAAAUUACAACAAGUCUUGGCUGAGUUUUGAUGAAGCAGAUGAUGAUACUCGAAAAAUAUGGUGGACAGAAUGGAGGAAUCAAUCGCUUGGAAGACCAUCGCGUAUGGAUGAGUUUUUUGAGCACACCCAUACUCGCAAAGAGGAUAGGACUCAAUGGGUUGAUGAACACUCCCGAAUGGCAAAGGCUGAGCAAGAGCGACAGGCUGCUAUAGAGGCUAGUGUAACUGAUCCACCACCUGUCUCUGAGGAAAGCAUAUGGAUUGAGACAGUGGGUGGAAAACGAAGAGGUAGGAUAUAUGGCAUGGGUGAGGUAAGGAACUCUUCCAUGAUGCGACCCCGAGUUGAUGGGCCAACCACGACCACCAGCACUGAUGUUUUGGAUCUUAGAGAACAAAUCAUAAUACUCAAAUAGGGAAGUUGAACAAUAUGCCGCUAAAUAUAGAGAGCUUGAAGACCGCUAUCAAAGGGAGAAAAGAGAGUGGCAACAGACGGUUGAAUCCUUGCGUGAGGAUCUCAACACCAAUAACUCACAGAUGGAUCAGUUUAGUCAUCAACUUAGCAGCUUGACUAAGUAUGUGAGGGCCAUGGGUCCUAGUAGUUCUGGAUCACGUGUCCCUCCACCUCCUCUUUUUACUUUUCCAAGCUCCCAGAAAAGCGCAGUCCCAAGAAGAAAACUCCCACCUAUCUUGCAGCCCCCAGGACAGUCACAGGGCGCUCAUAUGGAGGAUAAUUCUGACGAUCUCGAUGACUCAGAUAAGGACUAUUUAGAUGAGUACGAGUAGGAUUAUUUACUUUGUUUUGAAUAUUUUGUAUUAUUAGUAGAGUUUAGUUAUUUAUCUUGUUUUAAAUCUUUAAGUUAGAGGAUUAUUUAUUAUUGUUUUGAUAAGUAUGUAAACUCACUAUUUAAUAUUUA